AUGCGGUAUGUGGAUUGUCAGAUGAUGGAAAAAACGCGUGUGAAUUUUCGAGUAAGAGCUUUGAGGUUAAAACUAUGGGAAAAAGUAUUUGUAUGUGGAUCAGAUGCUUCACUAGGUGAAUGGGACCCGAUCAAAGCUCUUCCACUCACGAAAAGCCUCACAGACAGUGAUGUCUGGACAGGUACUGCCGAGAUCAGUGAAACAGCAGAAGAACUUAAAUAUCGUUAUAUGGUUGGAUACUAUCUGGAUUCUUGCACAGAAGGCAGUAAACAAAUGCUUAUUGUUCAUAGGUGGGAAUCUUUUUUGUUGCCGCGAUCAAUUUUCAUUCCGCUCAACCAAACAUUCUCUUCAGACGAUGUAUUUGGGAACUACGCUGAUAACCACUUGUUAUCGGAUGGAUGGAUUAUCCACAAUGAAGAAAAUGUUGUACUUCUACGGAUUCAUGGCGAAGCUUUGAAAUUCUACAAGGACUCCCAGAAAAACAAGGAGCAUCGAAUCAAAGUUGUGCCAUUUGAUGUGCGCUUCAGAGAGCGGGAAAGCGUCGAUGAGGACUGCCUUCCGGAUCCCGACCCAGUUCUGCCUGAUGUACCCAGUUUUUCGAACACACAACUAUCAGUGCUGAGUAGAGAAGAUCCAAUUUUCGGUCAGCAAUAUGUGAACGGUUCAGUUUUCCGAAAUAAAAUCGACUACCUCAUUUUCAAAACCCGUACUGUCUCGUUGGAGCAUUUGGCGUUUCGUAUCGAAGUUUUCAACGAAAUGGAUCGCAUUGGACUGGCAUAUGCGCUUCCAGCAGCACUUCCUGAUCUCUAUGGAAAAGCCACUUUUCCGAUUAUCUCUUUGAAAAACAUUCCAAUCGGACAAAUUGAUAUCGAUUACAUGUUGGUGAAGUCACUACCUAUGGAUCGUUCUCUUCGUGAUAAUAUAGCGGUUUCAUGGGGACGACACUGGAAGAAACGCAAUACACUUGAGGUCGGCCAUAGAGGCAUGGGAAGUUCAUACACGAAGAUGGCUGCUGCUAGAGAAAACACGAUACAUUCCUUAAGUGAAGCGGCUAAAAAUGGUGCUGACUAUGUAGAAUUCGAUGUGCAACUGACUAAGGACAUGCAGCCGGUAAUCUACCAUGAUUUUCACGUCAUGGUUGAAGUUGCUGGGCGAAAGCGGGACCUAUUCCACCAUAAAGUUAGGCACCAUCAAUUGGCUAUUAAGGACCUAAGUCUUGACCAGCUUCAUCUCCUACAACUCGAGCAUCCUGGUGAACAUUUGAACCAGACAUGGAGGGUCACUCCAGGUGAAGAGGAGGGUAGCGAAGAUGACAAUAAUCCGUUCCCUCAUUUGAGGCAAGUACUGGACGCAGUCAGUCCACAUGUGGGAUUUAAUAUAGAGAUCAAAUAUCCAAUGAAAAUGAAGGAUGGAAGUCAUGAGUGUCCUGCUUUUAAUACGGAGCGUAAUGAUUUUGUUGACGUCAUUUUACGAAAUGUUAUAGAGGGAGCAGGCAAAAGACGAGUAAUUUUCUCAAGCUUUGACCCGGAUGUCUGCAGUUUGAUAACCCUAAAACAGCAUAUGUAUCCCGUAAUGUUUCUAGUUGUCGGUCCUACCACACGAUACACUCCUUUUCAGGAUAUACGAACGGACUGCUCAAAGUUAGCUGUGAAUUUUGCCGCCGGCAACGGACUUUUAGGUGUUAAUUUCCAUAGCGAAGAGCUGCUUCAGGACGCCUCAGCGCUUCAUCGAGCUGAGAAAUUCAACUUAGUCUCGUUUGUUUGGGGGGACGAUCUUAACACCAUGAAAAACGUGGAGUACUUCAGAAAUCUUCACGUCGACGGUGUUAUAUAUGACAGAAUCGGCGAAGUAAUGCCCCGACAAAAUACAUUCGUCGUCGAGAACGAAUCUCGAAAAGCUCUACCAAUUCGAACUCCCGAAUGUGUGAGUAAUUAG